AUGGCCGCCAUUAAGGGGGUGCCUGCCCGUAAGCAUGGAGGAAGAGGAGGAGACGAGAGAGUGCUGCUGCAGCUUCCAUCCCCAGCUCUCGGCUCUCAUUCCCCCCCAGUGUCCCCUCUGACCAGCUGCCGGUCCAGUCAUUCGGGCAGCCAAGGGCCAUUGCUGCUGCUGAUGCCACCCAAUUAUGAGCCCCCCAUCUCCCUGGGCCCGGGACAGCUGACCCCUUUGCCCAUCCGCACCCCCCCCAUGUCUGCUGCCGCUGCUGCUGACUCUGGCAGAGACGUGGAGCUCAAGGUCAGAGCGUGCCACAGAGGGCAGGCAGCUCACCUCACAUGGACAUGCAACGUGCAUGCUAAAGGUGAUGGAAACCCCAAAGAGAGUAGUCCCUUCAUCAACAGCACCGGCAGCUGCAGUGACGUGGAGAAGAGCCAGCAGUACGAUGGCAAGAACAUGGCUCUGUUCGAGGAGGAGAUGGACACUGUGCCGAUGGUGUCGUCCCUUCUCAGCAGUCUGGCCAACUACUCCAACCUGACGCAGGGCAGCAAGGAGCAUGAGGAGGCAGAGAACAACGCAGAUGCAGAGCCGCGCAGCAAGAAGCCAGCCAUUAAGGCUCCAGCGCUGGGCACGAUCAUGGGCGUGUACUUCCCAUGUCUGCAAAACAUCCUGGGCGUCAUCCUCUUCCUCAGGAUGACCUGGCUGGUCGGCAUCGGGGGAGUCUUGGGCACCUUCAUCAUCGUCUUCAUGUGCUGCUCCACGACCAUGUUGACCGCAAUCUCAAUGAGCGCCAUUGCCACUAAUGGAGUCGUACCGGCUGGAGGGUCUUACUACAUGAUUUCGCGUUCCCUGGGUCCUGAGUUCGGGGGUGCGGUGGGGAUCUGCUUCUACCUGGGCACCACCUUUGCUGGAGCCAUGUACAUCCUCGGCUGCAUUGAGAUCCUGCUGAUCUACAUAGUGCCGGCAGCGGCCAUCUUCAAGAUGGAGGGCUUGGAGGGGCCUGAGGCUGAGGCGGCGCUGCUGAACAACAUGCGCGUGUACGGCACCAUCGUGCUGUCCCUCAUGUCGCUGGUGGUGUUUGUGGGCGUCAAGUACGUCAACAAGCUGGCGCUGCUCUUCCUGGCCUGUGUCAUCUUCUCCAUCCUCGCCGUGUACGCCGGAGUCAUCAAGUCCGCCGUCGAGCCGCCCUUUUUCCCAGUGUGUGUGCUGGGGAACAGGUCUCUGCUGUCAAAGGGCUUUGAUGUGUGUGCCAAGACCAUUGAGAUGGGCAAUGGCACCAUCACCACAAAGCUCUGGAAGAUGUUCUGCGACUCCGAGUUCCUCAACGCCACCUGCGACGAGUACUUCACCAACAACAACAUCAGCAUCAUCCAGGGCAUCCCAGGAGUCACCAGCGGCAUCCUGGCCGACAAUCUUUUCGGCACCUACCUACAAAAGGGUGAUCUCGUUGAGAAGCGGGGGGUUCCAUCGGUGGCUGAUUCCGACUCCCCCAUAACUAACAUUAACCGUUUCGUCCAGGCCGACGUCUCGACCUUCUGGGCGCUACUGGUCGGCAUCUACUUCCCCUCCGUCACAGGUAUCAUGGCCGGCUCCAACCGCUCCGGGGACCUGAAGGACGCCCAGAAGUCCAUCCCCAUCGGCACCAUCAUGGCCAUCACCACCACCUCCAUCAUCUACAUCUCCUGUGUGAUUCUGUUUGGAGCCUGUGUGGAGGGGAUUGUGCUCCGAGAUAAGUUUGGUGAAGGUGUCGAAGGAAAUCUUGUGAUUGGUACGUUAGCUUGGCCGUCUCCAUGGGUCAUUGUGAUUGGCUCUUUCUUCUCCACCUGUGGGGCGGGACUUCAGAGUCUCACGGGAGCGCCGCGUCUGAUGCAGGCCAUAGCCCGAGACGGCAUCAUACCCUUCCUCAGGGUGUUUGGCCACGGCAAGGCUAACGGCGAGCCCACCUGGGCCUUGCUCCUGACAGCCAGCAUCUGUGAGAUCGGCAUCAUCAUCGCCUCUCUGGACGCCGUGGCCCCCAUCCUCUCCAUGUUUUUCCUGAUGUGCUACAUGUUUGUGAAUCUGGCGUGUGCCCUGCAGACCCUCCUGAGAACACCCAACUGGAGGCCGCGCUUCAAGUUCUACCACUGGGCUCUGUCCUUCCUGGGAAUGAGCUUGUGUCUGACGCUGAUGUUCCUCUGCUCUUGGUACUAUGCCCUAGUCGCUAUGGUGAUUGCUGGAUGCAUCUACAAAUAUAUCGAGUUCAUGGGGGCAGAGAAGGAGUGGGGAGAUGGCAUACGAGGCAUCUCUCUCAGUGCUGCCCGCUUUGCACUGAUGCGACUGGAGGAGGGACCGCCACACACCAAGAACUGGAGGCCCCAGAUACUUGUUCUGGUCAACUUGGACGCAGAGCAGAACGUGGAGCAGCCUCGUCUGCUGUCUCUGACUAACCAGCUGAAGGCCGGGAAGGGCCUGACCAUCGUGGGCACGUCAGUGGAGGGCACCUACCUGAACAACCACCUCCAGGCCCAGAAGGCCGAGCAGUCGGUGAAGAAGCUGAUGGAGAGCGAGAAGGUGAAGGGCUUCUGCCAGGUGGUGAUCUCCUCCAACCUGCGUGACGCCACCUCGCACCUGAUCCAGGCCAGUGGGCUGGGCGGCCUCAAGCACAACUCCGUCCUGGUCAGCUGGCCACGCAAUUGGAAGCAGGGCGAGGAGCACCAUCGCAUGAAGAACUUUAUCGAGAUUGUCAGGGAGACCACUGCAGGCAGCCUGGCCCUCAUAGUGCCCAAGAACAUCUCUGCUUACCCGUCCAACGGAGAGCGCUUCACCGAGGGCCACAUUGACGUCUGGUGGAUCGUGCAUGAUGGAGGCAUGCUGAUGCUGCUGCCCUUCCUCCUCCGCCAGCACAAGGUGUGGAGGAAGUGUAAGAUGCGCAUCUUCACGGUGGCCCAGAUGGACGACAACAGCAUCCAGAUGAAGAAGGACCUGAUGACCUUCCUCUACCACCUGCGCCUGGACGCCGAGGUCGAGGUGGUGGAGCUGCAAGACAGCGAUAUCUCUGCCUACACCUACGAGAAGACCCUAGUGAUGGAACAGAGGUCCCAGAUCCUCAAGGAGAUGCACCUCACCAAGAACGAGCGCGAGAGAGAGAUCCAGAGCAUCACAGACGUGUCCCGCGGCUCCAUCCGCCGGAAGCACCCCAGCGGUGGCGUGCGAAGCCAACAGAGCGAGGAGACAGCCUCCGCCAGCGGAGAGGGGAGACCGGAGGAGGAGGUUCAGCUCCUGCAGGGUAAGAACGCCGCACCCACCCCCACCUCCCCCACCUCCUCCUCCACCACCACCCCGGGCAGCAUCACCCCCGGCGAGGAGACGCAGAUGACCUGGACGGACGACGUGGACAAGGGCAAGAGCCCGGCCAGGGCCAACCCAGACAACGUCAAGGACAUGUUCAACAUGAAGCCUGAGUGGGAGAAUCUGAAUCAAUCCAACGUGAGGCGCAUGCAUCACGCGCAGAAGCUCAACGACAUCAUUGUGAAGAAGUCAUCCGAGGCCAAGCUUGUCCUGCUGAACAUGCCCGGACCCCCCAGGAACCGCAUGGGAGAUGAGAACUAUAUGGAAUUCAUGGAGGUUUUGACAGAGGGUCUCAAUCGGGUCCUCCUUGUGCGUGGCGGUGGUCGUGAAGUGAUCACCAUCUACUCCUGA